CUUACAGGCAUUAUUGUUGAUGAAAUACUCAAUGGAGCGGAUGGGACUAACAUCAAGUGUGGUGUGGUGGGAGAAAUAGGUUGCUCCUGGCCUUUGACUCAGAGCGAACACAGAGUGCUUCUGGCAACAGCACAGGCUCAGUCACAGCUUGGGUGCCCCAUUAUCAUCCAUCCUGGCAGGAACAGCAAUGCUCCUUUCCAAAUUAUCCGCAUUCUGCAGGAAGCUGGGGCUGAUGCUUCAAAGACAGUCAUGUCUCACCUGGACAGGACUAUAUUUGAUACAAAGGAACUUCUGGAAUUUGCUAAACUAGGAUGCUAUCUAGAAUAUGACCUAUUUGGUACAGAAUUUCUUCAUUACCAGUUCCAUCCUGAUAUCGACAUGCCUAGUGACAACGAAAGAAUUGCAAGGAUUCGUACGCUGAUCGAUGAAGGCUAUGAAGACAGAAUUCUGAUGGCUCAUGAUGUGCACACUAAGAAUAGGUUGAUGAAAUAUGGAGGUCAUGGAUAUUCACAUAUCCUUAAAAAUAUAGUUCCUAAAAUGCUAAUUAGAGGCAUAUCCCAAGAUAAAAUUGAUAAAAUACUUCUAGAAAAUCCAAAGCGGUGGUUGACUUUUAAAUAGGAAUAAUGAAUAAAUAUUCUUAUUUUGUAAGGAGGCUUGAUAAAAUUCAGAUUUGUUUCAGGAGGGCAGUGAUUUUAAAAUUUGGUUCUUUUCAGAGAAACUGGAAGUUAUUAACUAGAUAUGAACAAACUGAUUCUUUUAUUUUUAAUUAGAACAACAAAAUUA